UGAAGGGCUACUUUGUUAUUCGCACUAAAUGGCCCCUCCUGUAGCCACUGCAGUAGACGGACCCUCGAAAGGUCCGGAAUCGUCCACGAAGUCAGGCGGUCCUUCGGUGAGAUCUGUGGUGGAGAAGAUUCUCUAUCUCAACGCACGGAAACAUGUCCGACAAACUAUGGAGAAUCAUUGGGAUAUCAACGAUCCCGACGUGGCUGAUAUGGUCGUUCAUUUGGCGAGGGAGAGUCGGAAGGAGGGGAAGGACAGCUCUCAGAAAGCUGACCCUGUUGAUACCUUUUGUGAGAAGCUCGAAGGCGUUGGUGCUGAGACAUCGCGGAAUACGGCGGAUAUACUUAUGGGUAUUGUGAAUCGAAUCGACGGUAUCAUAGACCGUCUAGCGCCUUCCAGGUCCCCGAGAUCGGCUGGUAUGCGUAAGAGGGCUCUUAGUAGUGACAGUAAAGAUAGUGGCGCCUUUCCGGGCUUGUGUAUUCACAAUGAAACUACUAAGGACAGGCCCGAACUCAAGCUCGAGAGACCUGAGGAGCGAGAUGGGAUCGCGCCGCUGUCCACUACGGCUGAGCAUCUAAUAUUGGAGGAAAUGCCGUAUAGGGAACGUGUCAAAUUUGAGAGGGAGAAGAAAAGGAGGGAACAUGAGAGAUCAAUGGAUAGAAAGCUGGAUGACUAUCAUAGACGAGAUCAUCGCCGAUCGAGGAGUCGCUCGAGAUCUCGGGAUCGUCGUCGUCAUCAUCACGAUCAUCGCAGUAGGUCGCGGUCGAGGGAUGAGCGUAAGGGCGCUCCUACAAAGAGGAGUUCAGAUCUGCAGCCGUUGGAGUUGUAUACUAUUCACCGAGGCACGGUCCAACGCGUAAUGGAGUAUGGGUGCUUCGUGGCCUUCCGGACACAAGAGGGAGAAAAGGAAGGGCUUGUUCACGUUGGUGAGAUCCUCCCGGCUUCCUCGGCUGGUCGUUCGCGCAUGAGCGCAUCGGACUUGGUGAAGCGAAACCAAAGCGUGUAUGUGAAAAUAGUUGGCCUUGCAGGUAGUAAGAUUAGUCUAUCCAUGCGAGAAGCUGACCAGAAGACAGGGGAGGACCUCAGGCCGCGGAACUCUUCCUCGUCCAAGUCGAUCCGUCCGGGCGACUCGGCUUAUCACGGCGCUAAUUCGAUUCCCAUUGGUCGGGCUACGACUAACGCUGCGGCCCGGUCGGGUAUGGGUGCCCAAACUGGUAUUCGUUUGGACCUUGACCAGAGUGGUGGUGGUAGUAGCAGCAGCACUGGACGGCAGACUAAACCACAUUUGAACGAUUAUGAAUUAUGGGAGGCUCGGCAACUAAGGGCCUCUGGGGUGCUUGAUGCUAGUGACAUGCCUGACUUCGAUCCGAGGAAUAGAGAGGAGACUAAGGAAGAGGUUGAACUGGAAGUAGCCGACACUGAGCCGAAGUUCCUGGCUGGCCAGACUGCCAAGACUGGGGUCAUUCUCUCGCCGGUACGUAUUGUUAAAGAACCUGAUGGAAGUCUACAGCGAGCCGCUAUACAGCAAGCGACUUUGGCUCAAGAGCGUCGUGAAUCUAAACAGGCCAUGCAGGAGCAAGUCAUUAAGGCUAUCCCGAAGGAUAUGAGCAGACCAUGGGAGGACCCUAACCCACAUCAGGGCGAACGUACUCUAGCACAGAACUUGCGUAGUAUUACGAUGAACAGCGCAUCGCAGAACCAAAUUCGGAAGCACGGUGCCCCCACUGGAGUUGCCUAUGGUCAACGUUCGGCCCUGCCGAUGCGGGAACAACGCGAGGGUCUGCCGAUUUUCAAACUGCGUAGUCAGCUUUUACAGGCUAUGGCUGAGAACCAGGUUCUUAUUGUCAUCGGUGAAACUGGCAGUGGGAAGACCACACAGAUGACGCAAUAUAUGGCUGAGGCAGGGUACGCCGACCAUGGGAUCAUAGGUUGCACUCAGCCGAGGCGUGUGGCUGCUAUUACGGUCGCUAAGCGUGUCGCUGAGGAGUAUGGAUGUCGGCUGGGCCAGGAGGUCGGAUAUACGAUUCGAUUUGAGGACCACACAUCUCCGGAAACUCGGAUAAAGUAUAUGACCGAUGGUAUGCUCCUUCGGGAGGCUCUGGCUGAUCCUCUGUUAAAGAAGUAUUCAGUGAUUAUGUUGGACGAGGCACACGAGCGUACGAUUCACACGGAUGUACUGUUUGGUCUGUGUAAGGAGGCAAUCAGAGAACGCAAUGACCUCAAGCUUAUCGUCACGAGUGCCACUCUCGAUGCUGAGAAGUUCAGCCGAUAUUUCUUCGACUCGCACAUUUUCACCAUUCCGGGCCGUACAUUCCCGGUGGAGAUCCUCUACUCGAACGAGCCAGAGGAAGACUACGUUCAAGCGGCGUUGAUGACAGUGAUGCAGAUCCAUCUCACUGAACAGCCUGGAGACAUAUUGGUCUUCCUCACUGGUCAAGAGGAGAUCGAUACGGCGUGUCAACUAUUGGAUGAACGGAUGGCUCAGUUGGCGCCUAUGAAUCCACCACCACUGAUUCCGAUGGGAGUAUAUGCCGCGCAGCCAUCGGAGGUUCAGUCCAGUAUCUUCGAACCGGCUCCGCCUGGGUCGCGUAAGUGUGUGGUAGCUACUAACAUCGCGGAGGCCUCUAUCACGAUCGAUGGUAUUUACUUUGUUGUUGACCCUGGAUUCGCGAAAAUCAAGACAUUCAACGCGAAGACCCAAAUGGACGCCCUCAUUGUGACGCCGAUUUCACAGGCCAAUGCUCGGCAGCGAGCCGGUCGUGCUGGUCGAACUGGUCCGGGCAAGUGCUACCGUCUCUACACUGAGAAGGCCUUCCGCACGGAGAUGCUCCCGUCAGCAGUGCCUGAGAUCCAACGUUCUAAUCUCUCUAAUGUGGUCCUCACGCUGAAGGCUAUGGGGAUCAACGAUCUUCUCGGCUUCGACUUCAUGGAUGCUCCGCCGGUCCAAACUUUGAUCAACUCACUGGAGGCACUGUGGCAACUUGGUGCUCUCGAUGACGAGGGACUUCUGACCAAACUUGGCAGGAAAAUGGCAGAGUUCCCCAUGCCCCCGGAGCAAUCGAAGAUGCUACUGGCUUCGGUUGACCUUGGCUGUGCAGAUGAGGCCAUCACUGUUGUGGCUAUGUUGUCUGUCCAAAAUGUCUUCUACCGUCCGAAAGAUAAGCAGGCCGUAGCUGAUCAGAAGAAGAGCAAGUUCAACUCUCCUGAAGGGGAUCAUGUGACUUUGCUUGAAGUAUACAAGGCGUGGUCGCGGAACAGAUUCUCGGCACCUUGGUGCUACGAAAAUUUCAUUCAAGUCAGGAGUUUGAGGAAAGCACAAGAUGUCCGCAAGCAGCUUAUUGGUAUCAUGGAUCGAUAUCGACUGGAGAUCAACAGUUGUGGUCAGGAUUACAAUAGGCUACGUCAAGCGAUUGCUGCUGGGUACUUCAACAACCUGUGUCGUCGUGAUCCUAAUGAGGGCUACCGAGUCAUGCGAGAUCUUCAGCAAGUCUAUAUUCACCCUUCUAGUGCACUAUACCAGAAGAAUCCCGAGUGGGUUAUUUACUAUGAGUUGGUCAUGACCACUCGAGAGUACAUCAGGGAGGUGUGCACAGUGGAGCCGGAGUGGAUGCCGAAGAUCGCCCCUAACAUGUUCAAACAGGCCGACAACCGUGGAAUCAGCAGGAUGAAAGCGAACGAGAAGAUCGAGCCUCUAUACUCAAAGUAUCAUGAUCGUGAUGCUCUGCGUACACUGGCAAGAAGGAAGUGUUAGUGAGGAAACACACCCUUUUAUUAUGAAAGUUGAAACAUCAUCAAAACUGAAAGAAGACGUCAUUAC